AUGGCAACAUUAGCCACAAAUGGUGAUGAGAGCGAAGAGAGGCAUGCUACGAUGGAUUGGGAGCAGCUAUCCUAUGCCGUAAUCCCAACGGAUUACAUGUACGUGAUGAAAUCCAAUCCAGACGGCACCUUUUCCGAUGGAGCUCUCGUACCAUUUGGAACCAUCGAAAUCAAUCCCCAUUCCUCUGUUUUGAAUUACGGACAGGGAUUGUUCGAGGGGAUGAAGGCAUACAGAACACCAACCGGUGAGGUGCAGAUAUUCAGGCCGGAGGAGAAUGCCAUUCGCAUGCAGAUGGGAGCUGAGAGGCUUCUGAUGGCCUCACCAACUGUUGACCAGUAUGUUGAUGCUGUCAAACAAGUUGUCCGUGCCAACAUGCGCUGGGUGCCUCCUCAUGGAAAAGGAACACUCUACAUUAGGCCAUUGCUAUUCGGAAGUGGAUCUGUCAUGGGUAUUGCACCUGCACCACAAACCACUUUCUUAAUAUUCACCAAUCCAAUUGCCAAUGCCUACAAGGGAACCUCUACUUCCUUAAGCUUGUUGGUUCAUCAUUCACUUCCUCGCGCCUUCCCCGGUGGAACUGGCGGAAUAAAAAAUAUAAGCAAUUAUUCACCGGUAUUCCAAGUGGUAAAGGAAGCAAAGGCCAAAGGAUUCUCUGAUGUGCUGUUUCUAGACGCAGUAGAACACAAGUAUGUUGAGGAGGUUUCUUCAUGUAAUGUUUUCAUAGUUAAGGGUGACAAGAUUUCAACUUCACCCACCGCUGGAACAAUUCUCCCCGGAGUCACAAGGAAAUCUAUCCUUCAACUUGCUCUUGAAUUGGGCUACCAGGCCGAAGAAAUCAGAAUUUCAGUGGAUGAAUUUCUUGAAGCUGAUGAGGUCUUUUGCACUGGAACUGCUGUUGGCAUCUCUGACGUGUGCAGUGCAACCUACAUGGAUAAAAAAGUUGAAUUCAAGACAGGAGAGAACACAGUGACGAGGAAGUUGUUUGAAACGAUUAGAGGGAUCCAAAAUGGUCUAACAGAAGAUAAUAGGGGAUGGGUAGUCAAGAUUGAUUGA